AUGGAUCUGCUGAAGCAAACCGGCCGUACGGAAAUGGUAGUCGGAUGGUACCACUCUCAUCCAGGAUUCGGCUGCUGGCUCUCAAGUGUGGACGUCAGCACGCAACAGUCGUUUGAAGCUCUUCAUCCAAGAGCGGUGGCUCUAGUAGUGGAUCCAAUUCAAAGUGUAAAGGGAAAUGUAAUGCUGGAUGCGUUUCGCUCUAUCAAUCCACUCGCAGUGAAUCCUCGUCUGUGCGCUCCGACAGCCGAAGCCCGUCAAACCACCAGCAAUAUGGGACAUUUGGUCCGACCAAGUCUUGUUUCAACAGUGCAUGGCUUAGGAUUGAGAUACUAUUCUAUGAAUUGCGCUUACAAAUUGACUACUCGAGAACAGAAAAUGCUAUCGUGUCUUAAUCAGAAAACAUGGAUUGAUGGAAUGAGUAUUCGUAAAUUCUCAGCUUGUGAACAAUCGAACAGUGAUAAUAUACAAGAAAUGCUCAAGCUUGCUCAGAUUUUCACAAAGGACAUAACUGCCGAUAAACCAGCCAACACUAGUGAACAGCAAAUAAAGCGAUACGGCCGCUUGAACGCUAAGCAGAAGCUGGAAGAGGUUGCCAAUGCAGUGAUGGCUGACAACAUCGUACAGCAAAUGAGUGCCGUAAUCAACACGCAAUCAAUCCAGUAG